AUGGCAGAGCAAGAAGACGGAAACCAACUCGGCGCCGACGAGCCACGCAGCCUCGAGAUCCCGACCCGCAGGGUUAAGUCCAUAAUGAAGAUCGACAAGGACAUUAACAGGGUCAACUCGGAAGCCCUAUUUCUCAUCGCUUCCUCAACCGAGCUUUUCCUUCAGUUCCUCGCCGAGAAAUCCGCGCGCGUCGCGCUCGAGAAGAAGAAGAGAACCGUGAGGCUUGAGCACCUGCGCCUUGCCGUCAAACGACACCGUCCUACAUCUGACUUUCUGUUUGAUUCCCUUCCCAUGCCCUCUCGCCCGUCUGAACAAAACACUCCCAGAGAUGGGGCUAAAUCGCGCGCGGGGAAGAAGGCCACCAACGAGCCUCUUCCUUUUGUUACUCGCUCAAUCGAUGCAUUCUUCAGGAAGUCUACUUAG